GAGCCAGCGCUCAGCCAGCUGCGGACCUGUGUGGGUGCGACUCUCCACUCGCGCUUACGGACGCCAGGAGGAUGGGCCAGGCGGAUGUCUCCUCACACCGAAAUGUAACAAACAACAGUCUUUAUCUAACACAGCUUAGCCGGGGCCUAGCACUGCGGACUGAGGACUACAUUAACUUCAUAUAGGAUAUCCGAGAAGGACUUCCUGGACCGGACUCAAGAGAAGAAGAUGACCACUCACUGGAUAGCUGAGAUACUUUAAGAGAGAUGAACCCAGAAUCUCUGGACUCGUCCGUGCAGGGGGUCCUGGCAGCCCUGUACCCCCCCUUUGAGGUCACCGCCCCCACGGUGCUGAGCCAGCUCUUCCGGGUCAUCGAGGAGCGUUACCGUGGCGAUGCGCUGCAGUGCCUGCUGGACUUCCUCAUCCCCGCCAAGCAUAUCCUGGAGAGCGUGCGCCAGGCCGCCUGUGCUCCGUACUCUGACGUGCUGUUCCAGUGCGAGGGCUGGCCUCUCUGUCUGCGGGAGCGUGUGGUCCUCCAGCUGGCCCCUGUGAAUCCGCUGCUCCUGAGCCCCGGAGACUUCUACCUGCAGGUGGCGCCGUUCGGGGACCAGGCUGCUCGCAUCGUCCUCGGGAGCCUUCUGGAGGGGCGGCGGGGUUUGGAGGAGACGCCCGUCCCAGAAACCUCGUACCCCUGCAUCUUCACCCAGGACUGGCUGCGGGAGGUGAACCUGGGCCGCGGCGGCAUCCCGCUGUAUCGCUGCCUGCUGUGCACGGAGCAGGGCGUGCUGAAGGUGCCCUGGGCACAAGUGGCCCGCCCCGAGUUCGUUCACAGGCCCCCGCCACCUCAGGCCACGCCCAGGAACGCCACGGCCUUCGCCCUGGAGACCAGGAUCCUCCCGGCCCGAGACGGCAUCGCCGUGUCGCUGCGGCUGGUCGACAAGCCCGUGGGCCGGGUGUCCCCGAACACCUGGGACAGCCGGCGCAACCGCGACCUGGAGGGCGACUAUGUGGACCUGGUGGAGUUCGGCAAGGAGAAGGAGGCCCUGGCGCUCAAGCGGGUCGAGUCACUGCCCAAAAACCCGGCCCCGCUGCGGCCUGUCCGCCCGGCCCCCCCAGCGCCCCCUCGAGAGUUCCCCACGUCCUGCGGGCACUCGGUCGGGCGUCGGGAGGACCCGUGCGCGCCCUGCGUGAGGCGCCCUAUGGCCCGGGCCCCCCUGUCUCAGGAGCCGCGCUGUCAGUACCGGCAGUCCUACCUGCAGGCGCUGCAGAGCCCUGUGGCCCCUGGCCAGGCCUCGCCCCCUCCCCCACCCUGCUGUCGACCCGGAGACUGUGUGGUCGCCAGGGACACCGAGGAAGGAUAUGCAUGGCUCCAACAGCCGGGCAGACAGGCGGUCACGAUGCAGAAGCCCAAUGGCUGGAGCCACAGUGAUGUUCGCCCGGAGCUCCUCCGGGCGGUGCAGCUGUUGCAGGGCAGGAAGACCCCAGUAUUGGGUCUGGUCUCCCCCCACACGGACAGAUUCCGCAAACCAGCUCUUGUCCAGGAGAGCCACGCUGAGGCCCGGGCUCCUUCGCCUCUCACUGACGGACAGCAGAAAAAGCUCCCAAGCCCCCCAGGAGCCCCCCCGUCCCCCCGGUCCUGGGGCCCCCUCCCGUCCCCACCGCAGGAGUUUGGCAGUGAUCUCCUCCACUUGGGAGUGGCCUGUCUUCCAGGCAGCAGAGACCGGGCGGGUCGGGCGGUGGUGGAGGUGUACGGGGGUCACCAGGGAUGGAAGUCCCCCCUGCUGUCCAGCCAGGAGCUCUGUAGGCUGCUGCUGUACCUCCACUCUGUCCCCAGGAAAGAGGUUGGAGAGCUGGGGGUGACUGUGGUGGCCGAUGCCCGGAGGAACCCACCUCCCCCAGCGUUUUUUAGGGCCCUCUGGAUGGUCCAGGAAUUGGCCCUCCAUGCCGUUCACUGUGUCCUGAUGCUGGUGGACAAAGAGACACACCCUCGACCAGAGAGACAACCAGGCCUGCAGAUGGACGUCGUUACCUCACUGAAGGCCCUCCACAAGACCGUGGACGGGCAUCAGCUGACCUCCGCUCUGGGCGGUACCUAUGCAUACAGCCACAGCGAUUGGCUGCGGCUUUAUCAGAAAAUGGAUCCAUUUGUGUCGCAUCUCCGGGAAGCUUCCGGGCUGCUCCAGAAGGCCAUUGGGAAAUUUGAGGGCGUCAGUAAGAUCGACACAGUGCAGGAUGUUCAGCAGCGCAUUGACGAGCAGAAGGCCCUGAUGAGGGAGGUGCUAGAGGACGCCCGAUUGGUGGCUUUGCAGCGGGAGGGCGGGGCCAUGCUGGCCAGGCUGCGGAAGGAGGAGUUCCGCUUUUCCCACUCGGAAGAUUACCGGGACUCCAUGGCUCUGGCGGGCGGCCUGUAUGAUCAGGUGGAGGAGCAGGUGCACACGCUGGUGAUGAAGUCCAACCAGUCCCUGCAGCACCUGGAGGUCCUGCUCACUCUGCGGGAGCUGGAGGGACGCUUCACACAGAUCAGGGAGUGGUUCAAUGCCGAAGGAGAGAGACGGUUGCUGGAGGCGGGGUCUGUGGAGGAUUCGCUGGAGAGAGUUGAGCGGACUCUGGAGAGCUUCAACAGCUUCCUGACCGAGGCCAAUGAGCGGAAGCAGCAGGCCCUGGCCCUGGUGCGGGAGGUAGAGCAGGCCCAAGGCUCGUCCUAUCCCGAGGCCCAGCUGUUCCGCACCAUGGUGCUCAGCUUCCUGUCCCAUCUGGCCCACUUCCUGUCCCAAGCUGAGGUCUGCCGCCAAGAGCUGGAAACCAUGGUGACGCUGUGCCGCUUCUGUGAAGGGGCCACUGAGCUGGCCGCAGACUGCAGACGAUACCUGGAGCAGUCGCAGCCGGGGUCAGAGGUUCGGGACACACUGCAGGGGUACCGGGAGCGGCUGGGCCAGUUUUCGGCAGAGCGGUUCCAGGAGGCCAAGGUGCGGGCGUGCGGACUGCAGGGGUCCCGGGGCACGAGGGUGUGGAACGUGGCCUGGCUCAGACGGCAGGAGGCCUGGCAGCUGCUGGAGGACAGGCUGGGUGAGCCGGGCCCGGCCCAGGGGCCCCAACCUCAACCCAUCCCCCUGGAGCCUUCUGCAGGGGCGACCCCCCCGUGGCCGUGUGGGCCCGGGGGCUUCGGGGGGGUCCCGGGGGAGGCUCCGGCCCAGGACAGAGAUUACGGCAAGGUCGCGUGCUGCAGCAUCAACCUUCAGCCCAACGGCAGGAACAGCGAGGCGGAGGAGGGGACGGAAGCUUCUGGAAACGGCCACCGGAGCCUCGGGGAAGAAGAAGAAGAAAGGAGGUCUGCGGGGGGGCUGGAGGACAUGACCACCCCAGAGCCAGGUGGACAGGCGGACCUCAAGCAGAACCAGAGGCUCCCAUGUCAACAGCCUCACAGCAGGUCCCGGAGCGAGGGUUCGAGCGUGGUCUCUGUGCGAUCGGAGCCCCCGGCCCCACCCUCCGCUCAGCGCUUCCAGAUCUCCCGCCACGGCAGCUUCUGUUCCGACGACCUGGGCUGCGUCGUCCCCGGCGAUGACCCUGAGGGGGCGGGGCCCCGUGUCCAGGGGUGCCCUGCGACAGCGUCCCUGGUUGCAGAGGAAGAGGGGGGCGGUAACAAUCCGAAGCUUCAGCGGAUCAUGGCGGAGCUGCUGGGGACAGAGAGGGAGUACGUGCGCUCCCUGGGCUACGUCAUGGCACACUACCACCCCCUGCUGGAGCAGCCUGACGUGCCCCAGGCCCUGCGCGGCCAGCGGGGCCGCAUCUUCGGCAACCUGGAGCAGCUCUAUGACUUCCACCGCCUCGCCUUCCUGCGCGAGCUGGAGGCCUGCCAGGCUACGCCCCUCAGGGUGGGCCGCUGCUUCCUCACACACAAAGAAAGCUUCAACCUGUACGCCCUCUACAGCAAGAACAAGCCCCAGUCCGACUCCCUCCUGCUUCACCAUGGCAAUGACUUCUUUAAGCAGAAGCAGCAGGCGCUGGCGGACAGGAUGGACCUGUGGUCGUACCUGCUGAAGCCGGUGCAGCGCAUCAGUAAGUACAGCCUGCUGCUGCAGGACCUGCUGCGCCAGUGCAGCGGCGUCCAGAGGGGGCGCCAGAAAGCCGAGCUCCAGGCCGCCCUGCAGGCCGUGACCUUCCAGCUUCGCCACGGCAACGACCUGCUCACCAUGGACGACAUCCGCAGCUGCGACGUGAACCUGAAAGAACAGGGCCAGCUGAUUCGCCAGGACGAGUUCAUGGUUUCCUUUCGCAAGAAGAAGUGCUUUCGCCACGUCUUCCUCUUCCAGGACCUCAUCCUCUUCAGCAAGACCAAGAAGACCGAAGUGGGGAACGAUGUUUACAUCUACAAGCAGUCGUUCAAGACGUCUGACGUGGGGAUGACGCACAGUUCCGGAGACAGUGGGCGGAGCUUUGAGAUCUGGUUCCGCCGCAGGAAGUCCCAGGACACCUACAUCCUGCAGGCGGAACGGACCGAGGUGAAGGACGCCUGGACCCGGGAUCUGGAGAGCAUCCUCUGGGACCAGGCAGUGCGCAGCAGAGACAUCCGCAGGCAGGAGAGGGUGUUCAUGGGAUUGGGCAGCAGACCCUUCAUGGACAUCCAGCCCAGUGAGGCAGCGAUCUGCGACAGGGCCGUCUCCUGUGCCCUGACUGGGAGAGAAUGCAAGGCACCGGUGUCCUCUGAUGUCAUCGCCCCACCAGUAGGUCACGCCAUACCUCGGCCAGACUCCAUUGGCUCAGGCAGCAGCUCGUCAACGUCCGGCAGCCAAUCAUCUUCCUCCUCAGGACGGGGGUCCCUCUCACCCAUAGGCUUCCUCUGCAGCCAGCCCCCAGGGGGAGGUGGGGCCUCCUCGGGGUCACCCGAGGAGGACCACCUGGACCGGGACAGCGAGAAAAACCACCAUCUCUUGGACGGCUCGGCGUCUUCUGGGGAGAGUGUCGGCGGAUUCAGCGGCUCCUACCGUAGCUGCCUGUCUGUGAUUGGCGGAGACGCAGAUGACACCUCCUCCAUCACUUCUACCCUGCGGCCCAAGACUGGACACGCCCACCAGGCCCCGUCCCCUGGCCCCGCACCCAAACCGCAAACCCACAGCGCCCCCCAGAGCCCAGGAGAGGUGCAAGCCGCGACUACCAGUGGGACAUCCACAGAGGUCUAACCUGCUGCUCAAACGGUCUCUGUGGGAAGAACAGUUGCACUCAGUUCCUACCCAUUGGACCUGGACCAAUGAAAACACAGCUCCAGUAAAAGGAACCAAUCCCAACACAUCCCUGCCACCCCAGCAAAGUACACCUCUACUGCAAAAAAGGGAAUAUUUAAUUCAUCAAUAAAAAUCAAGCACUGAAUUCUGACAUCCUCGCCAGGAAGGGAGUGAAGCUUGUUCUACACAUAUGACCGUUCUACACGUUUGACCAUCCUAAACAUAUUACCGUUCUACACGUUUGACCAUCCUAAACAUAUGACUGUUCUACACGUUUGACCAUCCUGAACAUAUGACCGUUCUACACAUAUGACCAUCCUACACAUAUUACCGUUCUACACGUAUGACCAUCCUAAACAUAUGUCCGUUCUACACGUAUGACCAUCCUAAACAUAUGACCGUUCUACACGUUUGACCAUCCUAAACAUAUGACCGUUCUACACGUUUGACCAUCCUGAACAUAUGACCGUUCUACACAUAUGACCAUCCUACACAUAUGACCGUUCUACACGUAUGACCAUCCUAAACAUAUGACCGUUCUACACGUUUGACCAUCCUACACAUAUGACCGUUCUACACGUAUGACCAUCCUACACAUAUGACCGUUCUACACGUUUGACCAUCCUACACAUAUCUACACGUAUGACCAUCCUACACAUAUGACCAUCCUACACGUAUAACCAUAAUACACGUUUGACCGUUCUACACGUAUAACCAUAAUACACAUAUGACCGGUCUACACGUAUAACCAUAAUACACGUUUGACUGUUCUACACAUAUGACUGUUCUACAUGUAUCACCGUUUUACAGGAUUGACCAUUCUACAUGUAUGACCAGGGACUGAUAUUUUUGGGAGGAUGGUGGGGUAUGAAGGAGUGCCAUUUUUUGCUCAGACAGCAUUUUGCUCAGACAGCAUUGCUGGAAUCUGAGAUUUCACAUCCUUUUCAGAUACAGAUUGGACUGUACUGUACAGUAGGUUCUACACACUUGUUUUGCAAAAAUAUUUACUGGAAUUCCCCAUUUCCUUAUUUCUCUCUCUGAAAAACAUUAUUGUUAUGUUAUAGUUGUAUUGUGCCGCAGGCCUGAUGCUUCUUAUGGCCACCACAAUGCUGAAUGGAAAAUCAAUAAGCAGAAGCAUAACUUUUUCAGUAUUGUUAUAAUGUUGGUACAGUCAUAUUAUAUCACAAUGUUCAUGUCACAUGACUGUGACAUCAGAACAAGCCUGAUGCGGGACGGCUCUGGACAGUGGGCAACAUUGAAUUCCAUAACAGUGAUUAUACUACCGUGAAUCCCUUUACCCUCUUCCUGGACCCGUAACUCAACCCUCUCCAUUUUCUCCUGAAGGCGCAGAUAAUGCGUGCUCAACUGACUUUAAAUUUCAAUUUCAUUUGUUUCAUGCUUUUUACAUAAGACUGCCUCAAAGACACUUUACAGAGUAGCAGAGGGGCGAACACCAGGGGCUGGUUGCACUAACUGGGCGUAAAAAAGUUGGUCUUAACUGUUAAGUUGGUCAUAGCUACGUCCAGCGUUUUGUUCAAUAUUUUCACCUGUUGCACCGUCUAAAAAUAUGACUAGGCUCAGCUACGUCCAGCCUUGAGAAUGCACGUUCAAGUUGAUACAUUAUGUCGUGUGACUGUUACUGAGCAGUGUGCGUUGCUUGGCUUCAAUAAUUCUACUGCUUAAUUUGUUCACAUUAAUCGUGUCCCCUAAAGUAUUCUAAAAAGCGCAAAUAGUAUAAAAUGUUAGUAUGUCCAAGACAGUGCAACUUUCCGAGGGUAACGUUAUAUCACAGAGCAGGGCUAAAGGAGUUUGCUGGAUAAGUUCACCGAAUAAAACCCAUAACCCAAUUAUCCGAAAGCGGGAGAUGAACUGAAACCGCAAUUCCAGAUUUUACUCAGUGAACUUCUGCUUGGUUUUCCUGCUUUAUGAUGGACUCCCCGAUCACUGACCUGUUAAUUAACUGCUCAGCCCAGCAGAAACAAAAUCAUUCAAUAAGCUCAUUAACGUUAUCAUACCUGCGGAGAGGAUUUACCGGGUCACUUUAAAGGAGUAGGGCAAUUCCACAGUAAUGUCAACUUAAGCAUGGACAAAUAAACGUACUUACUUCCCAAUAAAACGUAUUAUGUCCAAAGCAGUCGAUUGUGACCAUUUUAAAAUCUGAUAAAAUGUAGACUAACAACAGGAAAAUGUUUAAAAAUGAAUUAAAAAUCAAUUACCAUUGAAAUGUAUACUAUUUGGAGGCCAUCUUGAAAACCACAUUUCAGAUGGUUUUCUCAAUGUCAAACUGAUAUUCAGAACCAUUUCAGAUGACAACAAAUGUGUUAUGAUAAUUUGAUUGGGAAAUAGAUCGUCAAACAAUGUGCAUUUCAGACAUGUCAUAUCCAUACCACUGGUAUCUCCUCAUAAAAAUCAAGACAAAGUCAUAAAUAUUUUCAAAAUUGUUAUUUUUAUGUUCAGCCAAGCUUCGUACAUUACAUGGAUAUCACAUUUUCUGCAUUAGACUUAAAAAUUUGUAGAAAAUGCAUAGAAAGUGUAUAUACCUGACUUUUUGCGUCACGUUCAUAACGAAAGGUAUUUCUGACUUAACAAUAUUUUCUGGCUUAACAAUAUAUGUAUAUAUAUAUAUAUAUUUUUUUUUUGGCCCUUCCCUUCAGCCAAGUGGGGGCUAUGAUAAUAUGCAUUAUUAUCAUUAAAUUUUUUAUCAUGUAAGAAGAGAUAUUUUGUGUCCAAAUGUCACAUCCAUAAGGCUGGAAUUGCCCAGUAACAUGGUGGUUGGUCACAAUUUCUAGGCUUUAUUUGCCUGACUCAUGUGCGUCACACGCCACCACAUUCUCUCAUGUCUGAAAGCUUGGUGAUUGUGCAAAGGAGACGCACCAUAUUCAGAGGUUGUGUCUGUUGUUUUAAAUUUAGCGAAGAGUGUUACCUAGGAGAAUAGUCUGAAAGCUUCACUUAUGCCUACCUCGUAGUAGGCAUAGGAUGUACACCCUUACAGGUGUAUUUUUUACUUUUUGACUUUGCAACGCUGGUGCAACCGGCACAUUCUACAUCGGACGUAAUGUCGGUGCAACCAGCCCCAGGCCUGAACCCCCCAAAUAGCAAGCGUGUGAGGUAAAAACCUCCAAGUCGGGUGAAAAACCCUCACGUAUCGGUGAUAAAAAACUCCCCAAUGGGAAGAAAUCUCAGGCGUAUGACGUGACCUGCUGGUUCUCGUGAUGCCGCAGUUGGCAAGCCGGAGAAAAGGACUCACCAGACGUGGCUUACUGGGCCAAUCUGCAGGUACCCCCAUCCACCAGCGGGGGCGCUAGUGCACAAUACGCAACCAGCAAAUUCUCCAACAAAGGGACUUCAAGAUGAAAGAUCUUCUAGUCUCAAGCCUUGUGCCUUAGCCCCGAAAGACAGGGAAGUCAUCCAAUCACAAUUUAACGUGAGAAAAUCAUCCAAUCACAAUUAAUGUGCCUGUGAAAUCAUGAAAUGGAAUUUGUUUUGGAAUGCACUGAUUUGGGUAUGCAGUUGAUUUUGUUUUCAUUUAUGUGUAUUUUUGUGGAAUAUGUUAAAAAAUGUUCUGUGCUUUGCUUCACAACACGUUUCAUGUUAUGACUUUGUUAGCACUAUGGAAGGACUUAUUGUGAAAAGUGUACCACUCAAAAGCCACUGUUUUUAUCUUGUUUAUCUGUUUUUUAUCUUGUUUUGAAAAAGGGUGCUUUUCUUCCUCAGACCAUUAA